AGGUGGGCACGCUUCCCAGUGCUGGUGCAUCUAGCAGGUGCAGCCUCUUUCCUCUCCUCCCUCCCUUCCUUAUCUCCCUCUCUUCCUUUGCUCUACCAGUGUGCACUCGGCUCCGUCUGAUUUUUUUUAAAUUUUUUUUCACCCCCUCUCAUUCGUUCCCUGUCUCUCAGUGGCAGCAGCUCAGGGAGGCAGCUGCAUGUGUGUCUGCAUCACAAUUGCCACAGGUAAAGACAGCUGCAUUGCUGGAUGCUGUGAACUCCGACGAGGGGGAGCGUUUGCCGCUGCAUUGGCAAGUGCUCAUUCCAGCGCGGGGCGCACAUUUUUAAUCAUCUUCAAAAAAAGCAUCCUGGAUGGAAGGACGAGCAGAGGAUCCCAGGCAGCACAUCAACAAAUCACAGCCUGACUGAGCAGAGCGCUGGCUUUCAGGGACUAAGAAACAGCUCUCAGAAAUCACAGCAGAGACUCUGUGGAAUAUUUUUUCCAGCAUUUAUGGUUUUAGUUUAUUUUCCUACUUUCUGAUCUUCCCUUUAAAUAAUUUCUUUCCAAAACUCUCUGCAUCUCAUCACCAUCUGUUCAUAUUUUAUCGUCCUGUAGUGGAAUGUUGCUUGUAAAUGUAUGAGAGGAUGCUUUCUGAGUGCUUGCUGCAGUGUUAACGAACAUUACACUGGGAUGGCAGAGAGCUGAGCCGACAGCUUGGGGAAAUCUGAUCUACAGCCGGCUGGAGAAGGAGCAGGAUCACUCGUUGCAGCUGCAGAUUUAUCCGCCCUGUGAUGCUGCGCGACAACACCCCUCGCUCUUUCCCGACUCCAACCCUCUCUCCUGAAAUAAGUCUUUCUUCUAGACCAGAUAUGGGAUUUUAACUGGAUUUUGAUGUUCUGUUUAUUGGAAUUGAGAGCACACAAAAAGGAAACAAAGCUGUUUUUUUAAUUAAAGAGAACUAAAACAGGAGGAAAAAGAGACAACGACUGGCAGAGAUAAAUAUUCACAAGAGACACAAGAGAUAUUUCUUUUUGAUCUCUGUUUCAGUUACAGAAGACACAUUUGGAUUUACAGAAAGUUGAUGUGGCUAAAUGUGUUGGAAGAGGUUACAUUCGUAUACCUUUUUUAAUCUUUCUGGACCUCCUCUGGCUGGGGAAGCCACUAGACCCACCCUACAAGUUCUGGUCAUUACUGUCCCAUCGUGGAUUGUACAUGGAUGCUACAUAUGACGUCGAGUAAUAUUCGUUGUGGAUUUCUGCUGCAGUGGCAUUCAAACACUGAUCGCAUGGAUUUCCCGUAUGCACAAAUGUGAAGACAUUCUUUCCCCACCCAUCUCUAUCCUUAUUCCUUGUUUUUCCUGGCAGACGCAUCACUUUUUCUACUUCUCCUUUUGCUUCCCUUGUCGUGAACAUUCCUGGAGAUUUCUGAUGAAAAUUGAUUUUGGGCAGGACUAAACAUGGACUAAUCAGGCGAUUUUCUCUAAACCCCACCUCUUUAUCUCUCUGGGUCUCGGUGUGUGAAAGUGUGCUCUCUGUGGUUGUGUGUCUGCAUGUCUCCCCUGCACCCCUCUCCUUCUCACUAUCCCUUGGAAUACUUAUCUGUGUUUUAGGGAUUACGAAUCUAAGUCUUUGGGGAGUUUAUCUGCUUUGUUUCCUUUCCAUUUGUCUUUUCAAUGUUUGGCAUUGUUGAAUGCCUUUCUGCUAUGUGCUAUCAAGGCUUAUCGCAGGGUUAACCCUUAAUGAGCCAUAAAGAAAGGCAAGAAAGGAUGAGUGAGUGUUCCGGGGCAGGUAUUUCCGGGGCAGUGAUCCUGGAGGAACCUGAAGGAUCAGGGGCUUCUGGGGCUCGCGGAGAGGGCCAAGCUCCAAAUCGGGGUCCCGUUCGUUGUGCAGUUUGGCCUCGCCAGCAGACAUGGCUUUGUGUGGUCCCCUUACUUAUUGGGUUCGUUGGCCUUGGAUUGAGCCUAAUGCUCCUGAAAUGGAUUGUUGUUGGUACAGUGCGGGAUUAUGUGCCAACUGACCUGGUGGAUGCUAAUAGAAUAGGCCAAGAUCCUAUCUUUCUUUCAAAGCCAAGCGGGAUUCCUAAAGGUCCUGAUACGACCACUACCACCACUCCUACAGGUGAUAGUGGGAACCCCACGCCUAGAACUGUAACCAUGGCUAAAGGCAGAACAAGAACUACAGCUACUACCACCGCUAUAAACUCGAGAGGGGGCGGGGCCUCUGGUAGUCAAGUGACACCUCGAAAUCCUGGAAAUCGUAAUGGACGUAUACCUUCAGUCUUUACUACAACUGCAGCAUCACGAACGACUUUUGUCAUUGGAGGAGCAACUACUGGCUCAUCUUCACCCAGUCUAACGGUUCUACACGACUCUACACAAAUGUGGACUACGGAGCAUACUACUACUGAGGUGGUCUCCACUACACUGACCACUCGUGUGCACAACCACCGAAAAACACCGUCUCCGACCGUCCCUCCUCUGCACUCGGAGCAUUUCAAACCCUGCCAUGAGAAGGACUUGGCCUACUGCCUGAAUGGUGGAGAAUGUUUUGUCAUCGAGACCCUCAGCGGACCUCACAAGCACUGCAA